GGAGGCUGCGGAGGGAAGAGGGUCUCUCAGAAACUUUGAGCUUCUAUGGCGACUUACCUGGAGUUCAUUCAGCAAAAUGAAGAGCGGGACGGAGUGCGUUUCAGCUGGAACGUCUGGCCCUCCAGCAGACUGGAAGCCACAAGAAUGGUUGUCCCGUUGGCCUGUCUGCUGACUCCUUUGAAGGAACGCCUAGACCUGCCGCCCGUCCAGUAUGAGCCGGUCCUCUGCAGCAGGCCCACUUGCAAAACUGUGCUUAAUCCACUUUGUCAAGUUGAUUAUCGAGCCAAGCUUUGGGCCUGUAACUUCUGCUUUCAGAGAAACCAGUUUCCUCCAGCAUAUGCCGGCAUAUCUGAAACAAAUCAACCAGCAGAACUUAUGCCACAGUUUUCCACAAUCGAGUACAUAGUCCAGCGCGGACCUCAGACCCCACUGAUCUUUCUUUAUGUUGUGGACACGUGUUUGGAAGAGGAGGACUUGCAAGCCUUGAAGGAGUCAUUGCAGAUGUCCUUGAGUCUGCUGCCUCCAGAUGCCCUGGUAGGAUUGAUCACAUUUGGCCGGAUGGUCCAGGUUCAUGAACUGAGCUGUGAAGGCAUCUCCAAAAGCUACGUGUUCAGAGGCACGAAGGAUCUCACGGCAAAGCAAAUACAGGAUAUGCUGGGUCUUACGAGGCCCACUGCACCUGCUCAGCAAGGAAGACCUUUUCAGCCUCACGAGCAGCCGGUUGUCUCCAGCAGAUUUCUUCAGCCCAUUCAGAAGAUUGACAUGAAUCUGACCGAUCUCCUAGGAGAACUGCAAAGGGACCCAUGGCCGGUCACUCAGGGAAAGAGACCCCUGCGAUCCACUGGAGCGGCUUUGUCGAUUGCUGUGGGGUUAUUGGAGGGAACAUUUCCAAAUACCGGGGCCAGAAUCAUGUUGUUUACGGGUGGUCCACCAACUCAAGGGCCAGGCAUGGUGGUAGGAGACGAGCUGAAAACUCCCAUCCGUUCAUGGCAUGACAUAGAGAAAGACAAUGCGCGGUUUAUGAAGAAGGCAAUGAAGCAUUACGAAAUGUUGGCUAACCGGACAGCUGCCAAUGGACAUUGCAUUGAUAUUUAUGCCUGUGCUCUUGAUCAGACAGGCCUUCUGGAGAUGAAAUGUUGUGCCAAUCUAACUGGUGGUCACAUGGUGAUGGGGGACUCCUUCAACACCUCUCUCUUCAAGCAGACAUUCCAGAGAGUGUUUAGUAAAGAUCUCAGUGGGGAAUUCAGGAUGGCUUUUGGGGCCACUUUAGAAGUGAAGACCUCUAGAGAACUAAAGAUUGCUGGAGCCAUUGGACCGUGCAUAUCCCUGAAUGCCAAAGGGCCGUGUGUUUCGGAAAACGAACUUGGGAUUGGUGGAACGUGCCAAUGGAAAAUUUGCAGCCUCGAUCCUACCAUGACUCUUGCCAUUUAUUUUGAAGUAGUCAAUCAGCACAAUGCUCCAAUUCCUCAGGGCGGUAGAGGAGCUGUUCAGUUUGUCACACACUACCAGCAUUCCAGCACCCAGAGGCGCAUCCGUGUGACUACAGUUGCUAGAAACUGGGCAGAUGCACAGAGCCAGCUGCAGCACAUCGAAGCCGCCUUUGACCAGGAAGCAGCUGCAGUCUUGAUGGCCCGCCUGGGUGUCUACAGAGCUGAAUCGGAGGAGGGGCCGGAUGUUUUGCGCUGGCUGGACAGGCAGCUCAUCAGACUGUGUCAGAAGUUUGGACAGUACAACAAGGACGACCCAAAUUCCUUCCGACUAUCUGAUUCUUUCUCUCUGUAUCCUCAGUUCAUGUUCCACUUGCGACGUUCUCCGUUCCUGCAAGUGUUCAAUAACAGCCCAGAUGAGUCUUCCUAUUAUCGCCACAACUUUGCCAGGCAGGACCUGACCCAGUCCCUCAUCAUGAUCCAGCCGAUCCUCUAUUCCUAUUCAUUCUAUGGACCUCCUGAGCCUGUCCUCUUGGAUAGCAGCAGCAUUCUUGCUGACAGGAUAUUGCUGAUGGAUACCUUCUUCCAGCUCGUCAUUUACCUUGGCGAGACCAUUGCCCAGUGGCGUAAAGCUGGCUAUCAAGAGAUGCCUGAAUAUGAAAACUUCAAGCACUUACUGCAGGCUCCUCUGGAUGAUGCCCAGGAAAUCCUGCAGACAAGGUUCCCCAUGCCACGUUACAUUAACACGGAGCACGGGGGAAGUCAGGCACGGUUUCUCUUGUCUAAAGUGAACCCUUCUCAGACUCAUAACAACCUCUAUGCAUGGGGACAAGAAUCUGGUGCCCCAAUUCUAACGGAUGAUGUUAGCCUGCAGGUAUUCAUGGACCACCUAAAGAAGCUGGCUGUGUCAAGCUCAUCCUAAUUUUGAUUUGCCAAGGAAGCCUCUAAAAUCAACGCACUAAUUCAGUCAUGCUUUUCACCAAUCAUACUCUGCCAUGAAGCAGAUAACAUUCCUUCCCUUCUUUUAAAUCAAG